AUGAGUAAACCAGACAAAGAUGGCAAAUCAACACCUUACCGAUAUGAAAGCAACUCAACUUUUGGAGAAGUGAAAACCUUAGGCCUUCGCAAAAGACAGGCACUAAGAGCUUUAUAUGAUCAUACUGCUGAAGAUGCCAUUGUUCUCUGGGAUCCUGAUAAUCAACCAGUCCAGGAAGAGAUCAAAAUUACAACUGAUAAACCGAGGAAGAAAGGCAAGAGUUUAGCAGAAAUCUUAGGACUAAAGAAAGAGGAGAAAAAGCUUGUUCACGUCGUAGUAGAUCCUGCUCUUAGCCGAGUUCUUCGCCCUCAUCAAGUGGAAGGUGUGAAGUUUCUUUAUAAUUGUACAACUGGAAAGGUUCUGUCGGAUGCUAUGGGAUGCAUUAUGGCAGAUGAGAUGGGUUUGGGCAAAACACUUCAAUGCAUUACCUUGACCUGGACUUUACUUCAGCAAUCAGAAGUGCUCGGUAAGCCAACAGUUCAAAAAGCAAUUAUCACCUGCCCUUCAAGUCUUGUAAAAAAUUGGGCAAACGAAUUUGUAAAAUGGCUAGGUCCAACUCGUGUUCAACCCUUGACGGUCGAUGUUGGUGGAAGUAAAGAAAAGAUUACUGCUGUUAAAAGAUGGGGUGCUAGUCAAGGGAAAAACUCUAUUCUGAUAAUUUCAUACGAAAGUUUGAGAGCUUAUACAAAGUAUUUAAAGAAGACCCCUAUUGGUCUGUUACUAUGUGAUGAGGGUCAUCGUUUAAAAAACAGAGAAUCCAAGUUGUUCCAAGAGUUAAAUAGCUUAAAUGUUAGCCGAAGAGUUAUUUUAUCCGGCACGCCUAUCCAAAAUGAUCUGAGUGAAUACUACGCUCUGCUCGACUUUGCAAAUCCCGGUCUACUUGGUACACCCAGUGAAUUUAGAAGAAACUACGAGAUUCCCAUUUUGAGAGGGCGAGAUGCUGACGCUACGGAAAAAGAACGAGAAGUGAGUGAUGAAAAAGUAGCUGAGUUCUGGAAUAUAGUGUCCAAAUUUACUAUCCGCAGAACAAAUGAUAUUUUGACAAAAUACUUGCCCACGAAAUAUGAGCAUGUGGUAUUCUGUAAGCUGGCACCUUUGCAAGAAGCAUUAUACAACGUUUUUCUGAAUUCUUCUGAAAUCAAGACAUUAUUACGAGGUCAAGGUUGUCAGGCAUUAAAGAAUAUCACUUUGUUGAAGAAGCUAUGCAAUCAUCCAAACUUAUUGAAUCUCCCAGAUGAUUUGGAGGGCAGUGAAUCUGUAUUGCCCGACGGUUAUUUGAGUAAAGGGAGUAAGAUCGACCCUAGCUUUUCCGGAAAAUUCAUGGUUCUUGCUCGUAUGCUUGCGAAGAUCAAGAAAGAAACGAAGGAUAAGAUUGUACUUAUCAGUAACUAUACGCAAACAUUGGACCUAUUUGAAGCUUAUUGUAAACAAUCACAAUAUGGCGUGUUACGUUUGGAUGGUUCGAUGAAUAUUACGAAAAGACAAAAAUUAGUGGAUCAGUUUAACGAUCCAGAAGGCAGUGAAUUUGUCUUUCUUUUGAGUAGUAAAGCAGGUGGCUGUGGUUUGAACUUGAUUGGUGCCAACCGACUUGUCUUGUUCGAUCCUGAUUGGAAUCCAGCAGCGGAUCAACAAGCGUUAGCAAGAGUUUGGAGAGAUGGUCAAAAGAAAGAUUGUUUCAUUUAUCGUUUCAUUGCGACUGGUACGAUUGAAGAGAAGAUUUUCCAACGUCAAUCACACAAGCAGUCUCUUUCCAAUUGUGUUGUGGAUGAAGCAGAUAUGGAAAGACAUUUCUCUGUAGCAGACAUGCGUCGUCUAUUCACUCUUCAUACCAAGAGCGAUAGUGAAACUCAUGAUACAUUCAAAUGUAAGCGUUGUAUUCAAGGCAAACAGCAUACAGCUGCUGAGCAGAUGAAUUAUGGCGAUUCGAGCACGUAA